AUGACGGGCGAUUUCAAGCGGACCCUUCCUUUGCCUAUUCAACAUGAUUCUAUUGGAGCUGAGGUAGUGGAACACGCACUAGGCUUUACAGAUCUCAUAUGUUUGUGGCAGAAAAACCCGACCGCGAAGCCGUCCAAUUCCUAUCAAAAGAGAGCCCUUCUGCUGCUUAAUAAACUAAAACUUGUAGCUAAAGACGUAAGAGGUAGCACAGGUUAUAAGUUAUGUCAAAGAAAUGAAAUCAGAUCCCUCAUAAAACGUUUUGGCACACCUGCUUUGUUCUUGAUGAUUAACCCCUCUGACGUGCAUAGUCCGCUUGUUGGUAUUCUCGGGAGGAUGCUGCCAGAGCAUUGGCACACUAAGUCUGCAUAUGAGCGUUCCCUCUUCGUCGCCAAAAAUCCUGCCACUGCCGCGACCUUCUUCUUCUUUCAUGCCAUGAUGUCCAACUUUUUUGGGCUCGUCAUUAAACAUGGUCAGCAGAAACCAGGACUUUUUGGUCACUCUCAAGCUUACUAUGGCAUGGUGGAAGCACAAGGCCAGGGAACUUUGCAUUGUCACUUGCUGUUGUGGUUGCAUGGUAACCCAAAUCCUCAACUUCUGCGAGAUCGAAUGGUUAAUGAUGAAUGCUACAAAGAGAGAAUCAUUUGUUGGAUGGAAUCCAUUAUCCACUGCGAACUACCCAAUUCAACAGGCAUCGUAAUUGAUUCUCAAGACCGCCCGCUGAAGAAACCUAGUCUUCCCCCGCAUCAACUCGAUCCACGCAUUGCUGAAGGUCCUUCUUUGGGAGUGGACGACAAUGGCUUUUUGGAACAAUUUCAGCAGUUUGUUCAAGAGUUGGCUGUGCAUUGCAACUGGCAUGAGCAUACAGACACAUGUUGGAAGCAUUUACAAAAAGACGAGCCAAGAGAUGAUCAACAUUGUCGUAUGAGAUUAAAUGGUACAACCAGGGCCUUAACAGAAGUUGAUCCAGAGACCCAAUCCAUUCUGCUUUGUAGGUUACAUUCACGGAUCAAUGAUUUCAACGACAACAUCAUCUUUCUUUUAAAAUGUAACAUGGAUAUUAAGUAUAUAGGAUCUGGUCAAGCUGCCAAAGCUUUAGUGUACUACAUCACGGACUAUAUCACUAAGAGCAGUUUACCUGUGCACAUUGGGUUUGAUGCAUUGAAACACACCAUCCAGCAAAACUCCAUGAAGUUCCCGUCCAAUUGCCAAGCGUUAACAAACGAGACAAACCAAAGCCUCUUUACAAAGUGUGUUAAUGCCAUCAUGGCACGCCAGGAACUAUCUCAUCAACAGGUGAUGAGCUACUUGAUUGGGGGAGGCAACCAUUACAAAAGUCACAGCUACAGGCUCUUACAAUGGACUCAAUUUGACCGUUUUAUCCAUGCAGAAUUAAGCGUCCCAGAUGAAGACAGAGCCUCCUCCAACAAUUCAGAUGUGGAAAGCAGUGUGGAUUGUGUGGAAAGUGAAGUGGCAGGAAUGGAGCAUACCAAUACACAGGACGAUGUAUUGGUAUCAGUUGAACCUACUCGUGUGUCUGUUCAUAGUGACUUGCAGGAUUACCAAUGGCGCAGUCGUGAACAUCCAUUUGACUCCUUGUCUUUGUGGGAAUAUACAGAGUCUGCACACAAGUUUUAUCUUGCCUCAGAAAAUGCAAGGUUAGCGAAGGUUCAACCAACAGGGCAUGCAGAAGCACCUAUUGAUGGCAUGCCCACUCAACUUCCCACUUGUUGA